UUUUAACUAAUCAUCAAUAAAAAAAAUAUCCUAAUUAGCCAUGGCGUUCACUACUAAGCUCUUGUUAGCUUUACUCUUCUCUGCUUUUCUCUUGUCUGCAGCAAAUGCAAUAAGAGAAUAUCAGGGUCAGCAAGGGCAACAGCACGGUCAGAGAGGCACUCCUUUGACUCAAGCCCAACAAUGCCGCUUACAGAGGCUCACUGGAAGCCAGCCCUCUCAGCGCAUUGAGUCAGAGGGCGGCUUCACUGAGCUGUGGGAUGAGAACGAGGAGCAAUUCCAGUGUGUUGGAAUUGCUCCCAUGAGGAAUGUUAUUCGCCGUAAUUCUCUCUCUUUGCCUAAUUUUCAUCCCAUGCCUCGCUUGGUUUACAUCGAGCAAGGCAGGGGAUUGAUUAGUGUUAUUAACCCUGGAUGUGCUGAGACUUUUCAGUCGCAGACCUUCCAGGCUGGCCGUGAGCCAAGGGAAGAGAGGGACCAAGGCAGCAGAAGCGACCAGCACCAGAAAGUCCACCGCAUUCGCCAAGGUGAUGUCGUGGCAAUUCCAGCUGGCGCUGCUCAUUGGUGCUAUAACGACGGUGAGGAAGAGCUUGUAGCCGUCUCCAUCAACGAUCUCAACCAUCGGUCCAACCAGCUUGAUCAAAACUUCAGGGCAUUUUACUUGGCCGGUGGAGUACAAGAAAGUGGGAGGCAAAUUGGUCAAGGAAAACAAAGCACGCAGAAGUUCCAGAACAUUUUCCGUGCUUUUGACUCAGAAUUGAUGGCCGAGGCCUUCAACAUCCCCGUAGAGAUUGUGAGGAGGAUGCAAGAAGAACAGAGCGAACGUGGAUUAAUUGUUACUGUCAGGGAAGGAAUGAGCAUGAUUAGGCCCGAUGAAGAAGAACAAGAGGAGUUUGAAAGGCAGCAGGGGCGACCAAAUCGAGGACAACAAUGGUGGCAAGAAGUAAUUGGGAAUGGAUUGGAAGAAAACAUUUGUACAAUGAAAAUCCGCACCAACAUGGGCACCCAAAGAAGAGCUGACAUCUACUCAAGGCAAGCUGGCACAAUUAAGCAUGUCAAUCUCCAAAAACUUCCCAUCCUUAGAGACAUGGAUAUGAGUGCCUCUAAAGGAACCCUCUAUCCGAAUGCACUGAUGAGCCCUCAUUGGUCAGUGAACGGACACAGCGUGAUAUACGUGCAAAGAGGCGACGCACAAGUGCAGAUAGUAGACCACAGCGGGCAACAAGUGAUGAACGACAGGGUGAACAAGGGAGAAAUAUUCGUGGUCCCUCAAUACUACGCCUCAAUAGUGAAAGCAGGGCAAAAUGGAUUUGAAUUUGCGGUGUUUAGGACAAGUAGUGAACCAAUGAACAGCCAACUUGUAGGUUACACAUCAGUUAUUAGAGCAAUGCCUGUUGAGGUACUCACAAACGCCUACCAGAUAUCUCCAAAUGAAGCACAACGUUUGAAGUUGAACAGAGGAGGAGAGAGUUUCCUGUUAUCUCCCCAGCGAAGGUCAUUCUAAAAUGGCUUAAAUGUGUAACUAUCGUCUACUAGUACUGGUUUCUAGUCUUUGUUUUUAGGCAAAGACCAAGCAAGAGCGACUUGUAAUUAGGAGCAAAUAAUGUAACGAAUAAAGCUCCUGCCUUUUUGUACCUAAAUCUCAUCCAACAUUUU